AUGUUGGCGAGAGCUGUCGCUGACGAAGCUGGCGUCCCAUUCUUUGCGCGCAGCGGCAGCGACUUCGAGGAGAUGUGGGUGGGUGUUGGGCCUAAAAGAGUGAGGGAGCUCUUCAGUGAAGCAAAGAAGCAAUCCCCUUGCAUCAUAUUCAUCGAUGAGAUUGACACCAUCGAUGGGCAAAGGCAAGUAAAUGACAGAAAUGGGGCGAGGGAAACUCUGAACCAGCUGCUCGUUGAGAUGGAUGGCUUCAAGCAGAAUGACGGUAUCGUUGUUCUCGCAGCGACCAACUUCCCACAGUCACUGGAUAAAGCCGUUAUUAGACCCGGGCAUUUUGACCGUCAUGUUCAGGUUCCUAAUCCAGAUGUUGAGGGCCGGCGGCAGAUCCUAGAGGCUUGUAUGUCAAAGGUCAAAGCCAAGGGUGUGGAUCUGAUGAUGAUUUCGAGGGGGACACCAGGAUUCUCAGGUGCAGCCCUUACAAACUUGGUGAACGAGGCUGCUCUGAAGGCUGCCAAAGAUGGGUCGGAAGCUGUUACGAUGGAUCACAUUGAAUAUUCCAAGGACAAGAUCAUGAUGGGCAGCGAGCGCAAAUCGGCGGUGAUACCUGAUAACUGCAGGAACAUGACUGCGUACUACACUGGAGGAAGGGCCCUUGUUGCUAUCCACACGGAUGGCGCUCACCUUAUCUACAAGGCUACCAUUAUCCCGAGGGGAAACUCUCUUGGCAUGGUGAUCCAGAUGCCUGAGGAAGAAGACGCCUAUAAAUUCUCAAGGAAGAAGAUGCUGGCGAAAUUGGACAUCCUCAUGGGCGGCAAGGUAGCCGAGGAGGUUAUAUUUGGAGAGAGCGAGGUGAGCUCUGACGCCCUGUCUGGUCUAAGAGAGGCGACUCAGCUGGCGACAGACAUGGUCACCAAGUAUGGAAUGAGCCAGUGGAUCGGCCCUGUUUGCUACGGCAACAAUGAUGGGAAGCAGACGGCGACCUUGAGUUGGCAAGCGACAGCCCUAGUCGAUGAGGAGGUGAAAGAAUUACUGGUCAAUGCUCGCAAGAACGCGGAAAAUAUUAUCACGGCGCACCGCAACGAGCUUAAUGUGCUAGCCGACGCCCUUCUCGAGCAUGGAACUCUCACUGGGGACCAGAUCAAACAGUUGGUAAAUGGUCUUAAACUUGGUAAUGCGCAGAAUCAGGAAACACCAUCUUCAUCCGAACCCUAG